AUGUUCAAUAUAUGUUGUUCUUCAUGGAUUAAAUCAUUUAUUGGUGAUGUAUUUGCUAAGAAAGUAGGUUAUUUGGAGGUUGUUGAAUUAAAUAAUAUAAUUAUAUUAUUUCCACAAGUUAUUCAAUUAGCAUGGAAUUCUCAAAAUCCAAAGGGUUGUUUUGAUUGGUGGAGUUAUGGUUCGGUUAAUUAUACUAAUAAAUUAGGUUUUCAAAUGUCAGGCCUUAAGAAAAUGAUUGAUAAUGUACGAGCUAUCAAUAUUGCAUCAGUUUCCAAAAGGUAA